AUGAAUAGCAACAUCCCUGUCUCUGGAUGGAUGCGCUUUGGGGCAAACAUCCUGACCAUCUGGAUCUUCAUUCUAUGUUACAUAUUGGUUCUGAAGCGGCGUAGCGAGUCCUUACUUGCCUCUAAAAUGCGAACACUUAUCCACAUAUACUACUUGUUUUCUAUCUUAUCUCAGGCCUUAUUUACUCGUACAUCUAUCAUAGGCUACUUUAUGGGUAAGUGGCUCCAGAAUAAUACGACAGCGUCCGCGGUCUGGAGCCAGGUUUCUCAGGCGCUCUAUACCGCAACAAACAGAGUCGUACCAUCCCUGAUGGUUACCAUUGUCAUAGUGAGUGCCAUCGACGGGCUGAGGAACACGACACUGUGCCAAAAGGCGAUGGUUGUCACUACUAUAAUUUACACAAUCCUUGUUACUGUCGUUUCUAUGGGCACGGUCUUCUGUAAAGAUUUUUGCACGGAUAAGCCAGAAGUGCGGCGGGGGAUCCUCUAUGCUCAGGAGGCACUCACAUCUGUGCCCUAUAUAAUCUCAAUUGGGAUGAUAUUGAUUUUGUUCAGAAAAAGCCAGGAGGUUGCUGAAACAGACUUUGCAAGGGCUCUCAUUGAGGACGACAGAAUUGAUGACGCCGCCACUGACAUGAAUAACCGAAAGCGCCAGCUCACGACAAUUUUCAUUCUAAGAACCAUGGCCAUGGUCAUUUUGUUCUCCUGGAAUAUGGCGUGGAUCAGCCUCUUCUUCGACACCGCAGAGCCCUCCUGGGUCCCUUAUGUGGAGGCAGCCCUUUUGGUUAUAUAUGAGACACUCAACGCGACUGUGUUCAUUCAGAGGGGAAAGUAG